AUGAAGUUGAUUGAACAUCCACAUGUGCUACGACUUUAUGACGUUUAUGAAAACAAUACACAUUUGUAAGUACUUUCUCAAACUUAAUAAUUAUUCAUGAGCAAACACACAAAAGAAGCAGCAUCGUUUUGUUGCCUUGAUACCACGAGAAUUAAUAAACGCCCAAAAAUGAACUUAACAUUUGCUUUCAAUUUUUCUCUGUACAAGACCGUACCAGAAGUAAUACCGCGAGUGCCCCAAAAAAACACUGGACAUCGUUUGAUUUCAUGUAACGUAUAGCUAUAAAAGCUAUCGCAAUAAAAUAAAGCUCAUUGUAUUUAGAAAGCACUAAGAUUUUGAUAUAUAGCACUUGAAUUUACAUGUAAUACUGACUGCGUUAUUGAUGUUUGAACGUUGAACUACUGUUUUUGAAAUUGCCAAAAAUUAGCAUCAAACAACCUUAUAAUUAUACUACCGAUGUAAUGUUAAAUAAUAAAUAUUUUUAUUUUGGUAUAUGGAAUGCAUGAACAAUAAGUUUGUUUACAAUUUAUUCGUUAGGAAUAAACAGUAAAUUUUCUAGAAAAUGAUCUCAAAUUAAAGUUAAUAUUAUACCAUGACAAUAUUUGUUUUGAAGAGGCCAUGCUUGACAUUAGUUUAAUCAGCCAAUUUUUACCGGGUUUUCACCAAUUCCUAAAACGCAUUCCAAAUUCAAACAGUUGUAUAUCGUUCAAUAUUGCAUGUAAAUUCAAGUGUUUUAUAUCACAAUCUAAGUAGUCCUUUCUGAAUCCAACGAUCUUUAUGUGUUUGCGACAGCCUUUAUAGCUUUUACGUUAACGUUACAUGAAAUCAAACAGUUGCCAGUUGUUUUUUUUGGACACCCGAUAUAUAAUAAUUAAAUUUAUGACCGGAGUAUAAAACACCGAAAAGUGUGUCGAAACGCCAGGCGCUAGACGUGUUUUUUUCCACAUAGGCCAUAGCUACUUUGAGGUAUUUUAUAGAGGGUUGCCAACAGGUUUUGCAGGACACGGGAUAACAUUUAUUUUGUUAGCGAGAAACGGCAUACAAGGGAAAAUAAUGAAUGGGAUUCGGGAUUUAGGAAGAUUUACGAACGUGAUACCGGGAAAUGAAGAGAUUAGUAAACGGGAUUUGGGAGUUUUAUAGUCACCCCUCUAUAUUACUAGAAAGACAUGCGGUUCGUCUUAAUUCAUCUAGACAGACAAUCCGUUUGUUGAUCCGUUUUUAUACACAGACGAAUUUUUGGUCAUAUCGGACGAACUAAUAACUCGUGUUUGACCUACAGUAUCUCGAACCCUGAGCCUGCAAUCCCCUAUGAAGGCUUAAUCCAGACGUUUAUUCGCCCCUAGUAUAAACAGGGCCAGCAGAUACUGUAGUCAGCUAUCGGGAUUACGGGACGGGUAAAAAAUACGGAGCGGGAUACGGCAUUUAAUUUAAGGAGCCUAUAUUGGGGACCCGGUGCCCGGGAUGGUCAAUUGGAUGAACCAGACUCCUUUUGAAACAACUGGAACGUUCAUUUUUUCCGAUACUCCCUACAUUACUUCUCGAAUGGACUUGUAUGUAAAGGAAAAUUCUAGUUUCAAAUUUAAGUACAAAUACAAAUACAAAAUGAUACAGAUAUUACACAGCACACUCCCUAUCAGGGUUUUUUAGUAACUGGUUACAUUGUGAAUAGAUAGAUGGACAGAACCAGAACUGACGUGAAGCAGACCGAUAUAGACUGUGAGCUUACAAAUGGCGCUUUAAGCAACCGCUAUUGGUCCAUACCUCAUUAAUGAUCUGCCCCGACAUAUAUGUUUAACCCACCCUGUCAACUUUCCCUGUGGGAGGAAACCGGAAUAUCCGGAGGGGAUCCACGUCUUUCGGCAGAGUGUCGGCUUUUUACUCUUUUCACGCGGGGACUGGAUUCGGGUCACAUUGAGGAGGUUCCUUACUGAGAAUCGAACACGGGACCUAAGAGGUUAAGGCAAGUCUAACCACUUCGCCACCGAAGCCCCUAUAGUAUAAGUGUAUAGUUUAUUGUAUACUUCAUAACUUAGAAAAUGAUUUGGAAGUGGCUGAAUGGCCAAUUUCAGUGCUAUAAUAAUCGCGGGUUUAGGCUUUACGUGUGACAGGAUUCGUAUGUAAAGGUCUUUGAAAUCGCUCAAAGUCUUUAAAUUGGGAUAUGGGUUUUUAAGGUCUUUAUAAGAGUCUUUGAAUUGUUUGAAUUAAAAAAGCAAAGAAAGUCUUUGAACGUCUCUACAUUCAUUAGUAAGUGUUUGAUAUAUAGAUAUGGAGUUUAUCGAUAAACGUUUUACACGGCAACAUAAUUCAGGCUUUUAGCUAUUCAUUGAUACUUUUUUGUAUUAUUAUAAAGGAAAAUGACCAAAUACAAAUACAAUGAAAAUUUUGCUGGUCGAAAUCGCAUUUUUCCACCGUUAGGAAAUGGGUACAAAACUAUUGAAACUAUAUCUCAUUUGGAUGUAAAAUUUAUUUAUAUAGUGCACUUCGUUUUCUGUUCUUGCCUUACCGAAAGAAAUUAUUUUUUUUCCGAAUUCCUCAUAGAAUUUUGAGGUAAUUUAAAGUGCCUAUAUCACUUGUGGGACCUUCAUGGAUUCGAAAAGAGCGUAAAAAAUUGGUUAAUAAGUUCAAAAGAUUUUUUUGAUUUAGAGCAAUAAUUUCGAUACAGGCGUCUAAACUACCUACAGUUCCUGAGUCCCAGGCUCUUAUGCACAAUGGACAGUUUGGAAAAAGGUCAAAUUCAAUAGCCGUGUUUAGACCCCAGGAGGCUGGGACCCCAGGAACAAUCCGUUGUUUAAAGGCCUAUAUCCUCAAAACUGUUGCACUAAAUCAAAAAAAUCUUUUGAACUUAUUAACUAUUAACUUUUUACGCUCUUUUCAAAUCCCUAAAGGUCCCACAACUGAUAUAGGCACUUUAAUAAAGCAUGCAUUAUUCUAUAUUCUAAUUAGGUUUCUUAUACUGGAAUAUGUUGGUGGUGGAGAAUUAUUUGAUUAUCUUGUCAAAAGAGGAAGAUUAACCAUUAAGGAGGUUAGUCAUUUUAUUUACGUCAUUAAGAAUUUCCUUUAUAUCAUCAAAAAUUUCCUUUACAAAAUUAAAAAUUACAAAAUUUUGUUACACCUUGCAGGACAUUUUUAUCAUCUUAUAUAUAAUUAUGGAAUGCCUUGUAAUUGAUUUGUUGUUCAAUUAUUUAGUUCAAGUAUUUGGCAAUUUGAGAUUGAAACUGGCCCCAUAUGUUCUCUCAAAUCUACAUUAUGCAAUUUUUAUUUUUCAUCGGCAUCUCUCUGAACUUUCAUCCAGUAUAAGCGAGAUCUUACCUUUUUCAAGUGAGACCUCAGAAACACCUCAUCCUGGUUGUCCAUAUGGAUGCAAAAUAAUCUCAACUAUAAAAAUAACUACACGGCAAUAGCUGGCUUACUGCUAACCGAGAUAGCCCGGCUUCCAUAUAAGCAGCCCCUUGAAUGCAUUCUCAAUUUUUUUCCUGUGCGCCAUAUCAGUUUAUUUAAAUGUUAAGAUGUGUCAUUGUUUUUUUAGGCACGGAGGUUUUUUAGUCAAAUAAUUUCAGCCAUCGAUUUUUGUCACAAGCACUGUGUUUG